AUGAAGGCAUAUAGUUUGGUUAAGCUAGCAGAGAAAUCAACUCGACUGCAAAGAGGACAAUGGCAGAAACUUGAGGCAAGAAACAAUAAGUCGGUGCUAUCUAACCCCACUCCUUGGUCUCAAGAUACAAGAAAUGGGACCCAAAAUCAAUUUUCCAAUCAGAGGGACCUUAGUUUUAAUGGGAAUUCAUCUGUCAAGGGGUCAAGAAGACUUACAAGAGCUGAGAUAGAUGAGAAGAGGGCAAAGGGACUUUGUUACUGGUGUGAUGAGAAAUUUAAUCUGGGUCAUAACUAUAAGAGGAGAAAACAACUAUUCAUCUUUGAGGUGGAUGAGGACUGGGAAGAAACAGACGUAGAAGAGUGCAGUGAAGGAAUGGCGGUAUUCGUAGCUAAUGGUAGCAAGGUAUAUGGUUCUUCUGUGAGUAAGGAAGUUGGUUGGAGAAUGCAAGGGAUGGAUUUCAUGUCUGAUAUCCCCGGUUGGUCCAACCACUUAUACCAUUUGGAGAUAACCUUCCAGAUAUUAGAGGUGCAUAAUCUGUUUGUGAAGCUGAGUAAAUGUUCUUUUGGAGAGAAAGAAGUGAAGUAUUUAGGCCAUAUCAUCAGUAGCGAUGGUGUCUCUGCCAAUCCAAAGAAACUAGAGGCUAUGGUUCAAUGGCCCUCUCCCAAGAGUAUGAAAGAACUUAGGGGUUUCCACGGUUUCGCAGAUUACUACAGAAGAUUUAUCCAAGGCUAUGGAGUUAUAGCUAGACCCUUGUACGAUUUACUAAAGAAGGGUUCCUUUCAAUGGUUUGAAGUAGCCGAAACUACAUUUUAUUCGCUGAAGAAGGUCAUGACCUCCCCACCGUUUUGGCUUUGCCCAACUUCUCUGAGGAAUUCAUCAUAG